UUCUUUGCUGUGAACAAGGUCCUGCACCCUCAGCCAUGUCCUGCUAUGACCUGUGUCCCCCCGGCUCCUGCGGCCCCACCCCGCUGGCCAACAGCUGCAGCGAGCCCUGCGUGAGGCAGUGCCAGGACUCCACCGUGCUCAUCCAGCCCUCGCCCGUGGUGGUGACCCUGCCCGGGCCCAUCCUGAGCUCCUUCCCCCAGAACACCACCGUGGGCUCCUCGGCCUCGGCCGCCGUGGGCAGCGCCCUGAGCGCCGGGGGGGUUCCCAUCAACUCCGGGGGCUCCCUGGGACUGGGGGCCUUUGGCUACCCCGGGCUGGGCGGUGGCUACAACCGGCCCUCCCGGCGCUCCAGCACCUUCCGCGGGGGCUUCUACGGGCCCUGGUAACGCUCUCCAGGAGGGAAAAGGCGGGAAGGAAUCACCAGGAAUUCUAAAGCACGACCUGACCCCGGCCUGAGCUCACGGCCACGGUUUGCAGACGUGAUGUUGGACACCCACGACUUCCCCCGGAGCCGCUGGAGCUGUGGGAGCUUUGCACCUCCUCCAACCAGGCCUUCGCUUGUCUUUUGUUGUGCUUUACUUGGUAUUUCUGAUCAAAUGUCUUGUCCUGCUUUUGUGUCUGUGUUUGAUAACAGGGAAAACACGGAAUUGUUAGGAAUUGUCCUGCAUGGCUGAUUUAGUGCAGUUCACCAAUGAAGAAGGAAGAUUUCAGGUUGCUGAGUGUGUCACUGUGAGAGGGAUGAAUGAGUGGGUU